AUGCCGGAUGGCUCAACCUUUCGAAUAGUAAGCGUCUUCCCUGGAAAGGGUGAUGCUCAAAUCGAAUGUGAUUUUCUUGAAGUUCCUAAUUCAUCAAAACCCAAGUAUUCCGCUCUGUCAUAUACAUGGGGCGAUCCAACUGUUAAUUCAUUUGUGUGGAUGCAUGGUAAUGUCAUUGGUACUGCUGAGAAUCUCCAAGACGCCUUGAAACAUCUGAGAGACCCUCUGGAUGUUCGUACAUUUUGGAUUGAUGCCCUGUGUAUCAACCAAAAGGAUGAGGCAGAAAAGGCUACGCAAAUACCUUUGAUGCGGCGGAUAUAUCAGCGUUCCAACCUUGUGGUCAUCUACCUUGGAACGUACUCCGAUGGAAGUGAUACGAUUCCAGCAUUCUGUGAGCGCAUCGAAAAAGCCCACAAGCAAAUUGAGGAACUAUACGCGGACGAUCUCGGUAACCCACGGUUCAUUCAAAAGAUCAUUGCUGGGAGCGACUAUCAAACGCUCGGUUUGCCGGAGAGUAAUAGCGAAUAUUGGCAUGUUUUCCAGCAGUUUCUCAGCCGACCCUGGUUUAAGCGCGUUUGGGUGAUUCAAGAGGCUGUUUUGUCAAACUCAGCGGAAAUUGUAUGCGGUGACUGGAGCAUGAACUGGAAUGACUUCAUUGCGUUCUUAUUGAAGUCCUACAUUGCAGCGCUGCCAAUUUUCCCGUCUGAGGUAGAAACAAAGAGGUUUUCGAACAGGCCAACAGACUCGUCCGUAACAAUGAGCCUCAUUAUUUUUAUGAUGGCUCUGGGAGCGGCAAAGGGAGAAUUCUGUCCUUGGAAUUACGUCGAUCUGCUUCAUCGUGGCAGAAUUGCUUUCGCUACCAAGGCUCAUGAUUAUUGCUACGGGUUGCUCGGACUGUCCAAAGAGCUUAUGGAUCCUAAUAUCAAAAUAGAUUAUUCUAUCUCUGUGGAAGAAGUCUAUCGCCAAUUUGCGAGAUAUUUUGUCAUCCAGGGGAAUGGAGUAAAGGUACUCUAUAAUGCCGCUGGCCACGACCUUGACUUGCCGUCUUGGGUUCCAGACUGGUCGUGCCGAAAUAUCGGAAACCCUCGACUUUGCCCGGAACCGCGCGUUGAACCACUCGAAGAUAUAUUUUGCUCAGCGGCGUCUUCAAUCCCUUCUAAUAUUAGAUUGCAUCCAACUUCACCGGAUGUUUUGAUUGUGGGCGGUAUUAUCUUUGAUCGAAUUGAACCUUUGGGAAGUCAACACAUAUCCAAUUUCGAAAUUGGCUACGACCGAGAGCAGAAGCUCACUGCAAGAUACGACGGAAAAGCAAAAGAUCGAGACAGUUUGGAAGGGCAUGAGAUAGAAUCCGAGAAAGGCAGGAUAACUCUCAUCACAGUUUUGGAAAAUUCCAUUAUCGCUGAUUGCGUGACGGAAUUAUGCGAACUUCUGGAUGCUGAGCAACUUCGUGGCUAUCCGACUAGUGAGAAUUAUGUGACAGUGAUCUGGAGAACGUUAACAUGUAAUAUGAGUAGAGGCUCUCAGCAAAAGGCACCGGCCAGCUACUCCGAAUUCUUCAAAGCAUUUCUGAUUUCUACGACAAUACUCGAUCCGACAUGGCAGUUACCACAGAUUUUGCAGCAAAAUCAACAAGAGCCGGAGGAUUCAGAGAGGAAUUUCCGUGAUUGCAUUGAGAUUUUGAUGCAAAGUACUGAAUUCGUUCGAUGUGCUAAAGAGCAUUGCUACUCACGAAAGCGUGGUCGAACCGUACGAGGCUAUGCUGGCCAGUUUUCUCUUUACGCUCGUGUCGGCGAUGCUAUCUUCUUGCCUCUAGGUUCUGCGGUUCCGUUUCUGAUUCGUCCCAAAAAUUCCACUGGGAAUAUGUAUGAAAUUAUAGAGGAAUGCUACGUUCAUGGGAUAAUGGAAGGGGAAGCAUUUAAGUUAGAGAACGUCGCCAAGAUUGAUAUUCAUUUAGCUUAG